UCCAACCAACACUCGCUGACAUCAGUGAGGAGAGCUGCUGAGUCGUCAGUUUCACAGACUGUCAGCUGACACUUUAGGUGCAUCAACUCAAAUGUCGAUUCCUCUGUCUUUCUUUUCAUUCAAAGUCUGACAUCUCGUCUUUUCAGAAUAUGUGGACAGACGGAGUCCUCACCCGUAGCCCCUUUGGAUGGGCCACCCAAGGAAACUUCACUUCAUUGUGUCCUAAUGGGUCCAAAUGGGUUUGGGAAGGGCUUGGGGAGUGUGCCCAGGAUGCGAGAGAUAUGGCCAGCAUCUACCUCGGCCUCUUGUCCAUCCUCUGUUUCAUGGUGUCUUCACUUCCACAGUACUAUAGCUCAUGUAAAACAGGGAAUAUGGACAGUGCCCUCUCUAUCUGGUUUCUGCUGCUGUGGCUGGGAGGUGACUCCUGCAAUCUGGUGGGCUCCUUUUUGGCAGACCAGCUUCCGCUUCAGACAUAUACAGCCAUUUAUUAUGUUCUGGCUGACUUGGUGAUGCUGGCCAUGUACACAUACUACAAGAUAAACAACAGAGUGGCUGAACGUAGGAGGGUUUUGAAUGUGGUGGGUUUAGUCUGCAUCCUCGGCUUCACCGCAAGCCUCACUCACCUCCCGGGAGUAGGCAUCCAGCAGGAAAUGACUUCAUCUGGGUUUAGAAGUCGCUCCUUGCUCUCAACCUCUGAUGUCAGCUCAAUCCAGGCUUUCACCCCGAAAGAGAUCAUAGGUUUCUCCAUCGGUUCAAUCUCAUCAGUGCUCUACCUCUGUUCCAGACUUCCACAGAUGUACACUAAUUUCAAGAGGAAGUCAACAGAGGGAGUGUCUUACUUCUUGUUCGCGUUGGUUAUCCUGGGAAACACUACAUAUGGCCUGAGUGUCCUACUGAAAAACCCUGACCAGGGCCAGGGCGAGAGCAGCUACCUAGUCCAUCACCUGCCCUGGCUCAUUGGCAGCCUCGGCACCCUCUCCUUAGACCUCAUUAUUUCAGUGCAGUUUCUAAUUUAUCGCAAAGCUCGGCCACACGUGGACGUCAGCUCUGAGGAGACGACGCCUCUGAUCAGGGCCUGAUCGACACAUUGAGAGUGUACUGGAGGGACCUCAGCUUACACUCUCCUACUGUGCAAUCUUCAAAAUCACUUUUCCAACAUGACUUCAGGAUCAAUACAAACCGUACUCUUUAAUUUUGUAGUUUUAUUUAUUAUGCAUGAAUAUUCUUUGUUUACAGUGGGAUUUUUUAAUCUGCAAAGUACAGUGACAACUGAUUUUUAUUGUUUAAAGUUUUAAAGGGACAGUUCAGGGUUUCAAAUGUUGGGCAUAGAAUGAAACUCCCGUCACCCUGAACGCUCAGUUUAAUGUCAGACCAUAUGUAGAUAUCAGAAACGUGCUGGUGGGAGUCACUGUACUACACACAGGAUUUUGCUGGUGCUUUUAAUUUGCCAAUUACUUUAACAGUUGGCCUCUGACUCUGAGUUUGCCUCUGACUCGUGUUUACAGUGUUUCAGAACACUUCCUGUAACUUGCAUCUUUUGUUUCCGGGCAGUGAUGUGUCUGACUGGAAAAGAAGGAAUUCAUACUGAUUCAGUUUCAGCCAGAAAUAUAACCUAACAAAAAAAGUCUUUCAAGCAUUUUUUACUUGUAAUCUUAAAGUUUUAUUUUCCCCUCUAUUCUCAUAUUCUAUACCAGUUUUGAUUACACUUCUGAUAAAAGUCUUGUCAGAUGUUAACUUUCUUCCUCCAUUCAUGCAUUUUCAUCUUCUCUGUUUUGCACAUUUUACCACAAAUGUUGUUUUGUACUUUGACAAAUGUUAAAUGUAUUUAAUGUCUGUGCACAGUAAAGAAUAAACAAAUAAAUAAUGAAGUCUUAA